AAGUACCAGGAGAAGCAGCGCCGCCGCCGCGGCUUGCAGAAGACCCGCUUCUACUGCCAGGUGUGCGCCCGCCAAUGUCUCGACGAGAACGGCUUCAGCUGCCACGUCAAGUCGGACGUGCACAUGCGCAACCUCCGCAAACAGCUCGCCGGCAACGAGCCCGGCGGCGGCGGCGCCACCGCCGCCGCCGCCCUCAUCGCCCGCUACUCGGACCAGUUUGCCGCCGCCUUCCUCGCCCUGCUCCGGCGCACCCACGGCGACAAGCCCGUCGCCCUCAACCGCUUCUACCAGGAGUACAUCCGCGACCGCGACCACGUCCACCUCAACUCCACCCGCUGGCGCAGCGUCACCGCCGCCGCCCGCCACCUCCAUGCCGCGGGCCGCUGCCGGCUC